UGCUCGGCUGCUAUUUGCGGGUGAUGUGCGGCUGAGCCGGCAGUUUGGUUUGGAGGCACUUUGUGCGCUUGCAAUGACUGCGCUGCACACUUGCUUGCUCGACUAAAGCGUCGGCGACUUGACAGGAUGGAGCCUUCGAGCGACGACUGUCAGUGCGGUGGAUGGAACGUUGUCCCGGGGCCUGGAGUGCGCGCGCCCGGCGGUGACCUUGGAGCGGGAAUGCCCGCGCCCGUGGCCGUCGGACCUGGAUCAGAAGUGCUCGCGCCCGGCGGCCCGGGACCGGGAAUACUCGCGUCCGAGGGCCCGGUACCGGGAAUGCACGCGCCUGGCAGCGGGGUUCCGGGACCGGAGGACAGCAGCAGCAGCAGCAGCAGCAGGCGGCGGCUGAGGAGCCCGACCCCCCGCUCCAGGUGGCUGCACCCCACCGCCCUGCUUUGCCUCUGCGGCUUCUUCUCCAACGUACGGCCCUCCGAGCCCUUCCUCACUCCCUACCUCCUGGGGCCCGACAAGAACCUGACCGAGCAGCAGGUGAAGGAGGUUUUUCCAGUAUGGACCUACUCGUAUCUGGUUCUUCUGUUUCCCAUCUUCCUUGCAACUGACUAUCUCCAUUACAAGCCAGUCAUUAUUAUACAAUGUGCGGCUUUGAUGGUGACCUUUUUCAUGCUAUUGUACGCUCGAGGACUGCUGGCAAUGCAGUUUAUGGAGUUUUUCUACGGGAUGGUGACUGCAUCGGAAGUGGCUUAUUACUCUUACAUCUACACAAUGGUUGACUUUAACAUGUACCAGAAAGUGACUGGGUAUUGUCGAUGUGCCACAUUGGUUGGGUACACCGUGGGAUCUAUUGUGGGGCAAAUACUGAUUUCGUUUACUGUGGUCUCUCUCUUCCACCUCCAUGUUAUUUCCUUGGUUUGUGCUGCAGUUGCCCUUUUUGCAUCGAUUCUUCUUCCAAUGCCCCAGAAAAGCAUAUUCUUCCACAGAGUGAUAAGAGACUGUAACUCUAAAGAUAUCAGAGAUGAAGGUGCAAGGUCAUCUUCGAAAGGACUUGAAUCAUCUUCAUUGCUGAGUUGUGGUGAUGCUGAGAAAUUGGUUCAUAGUCAUCUCCUCAAGCCAACAGAUGCCAAUCCAUACACUCAUAGAAUUACGAAUAAAACGCCUUUGAAAGGUAUUUACCAUGUCCUGGCCUUACUCUGGAAGACUUUAAUGGAGUGUUAUUCCUCGGGGACACUACUCUGCUGGUCAGUGUGGUGGGCAUUGUCCACCUGUGGCUAUUUUCAAAUAUUGAAUUAUGUUCAAAUAUUGUGGGAGAAAAUUUAUCCUUCGCAAAAUUCCCAGAUUUACAAUGGGAUGGUGGAAGCCGCAUCGGCACUAUUGGGUGCAGGGGCAGCGUUUAUUGUGGGUUAUGUUAAAAUAUCCUGGUCCAUGUGGAGUGAAGUUGCGCUCCUCAUCUUUUCCACUGUUAUUGUUGCUGUGCUCUACAUCAUGGCCACAGUCCAACACAUCUGGGUCUGUUACAGCUGUUACAUCGUAUUCAGAAUUAUUUACAUGAUGCUGAUAACCAUAGCCACGUACAAAAUUGCUGCAAAUCUAAGUGUGGAAUUGUAUGCUUUGGUGUUUGGUGUAAACACUUUCAUUGCCUUAGUCCUCCAGACUGUCCUGACUCUGAUUGUAGUGGAAUCCAACAUGCUGAACCUAACCAUAUUUGGACAGUUUCUGGCUUACACUGUGUACUUUGCAGCGAUUGCCAUGCUGUUUCUGAUCUUUGGUGCAUACAGCGUCAUGAAGAAGUACAGUGGAGAGGUACGAACGGCUGAGAACAGCUCGGAGUGCAGGGACGGCAAGCAGGAAGUGGUGCCUGGAUGUGAGCAGGAUGAGUACUUGUAGCGAUGGUGACAAAUGUGCGGGGCCAGGACUGGUGGGAGAGCGCUGAUUGGAUGACCUCUCUGCUCCUGCACAGUGUCCUCGACCUGGCGUGUCCUUGAACAUGCCCUUGUUACAUAGUCGCAACAUCAGUGUCGAGCAAUGUUUAUGCACAAGGUCAAGGUAUGGAUGCGGGGUUGGUUGAUGGACCUCAGCUCCCUCUUCUAAAACAUGCUCAUAAUCUGAAACGUCACCUAUCCAUGCUCCCAGAGAUGCUGCCUGGCCUUUGUCCUAGCCUUUGACCCAGCCUUUGACCCGCUGAGUUACUCCAGCACUUUGCGUCUUUUUGUGUAUAUCAGCAUCUGCACUUCCUUGUUUCUUCAGAAUCUGUGUGCUAGUGUACAGUACAUCGCCAAUUAACAUUGUUCAUAUUCCCUCAGCCCUGUAUUAAUCCUGUUAUAUACGUCAUGCUUAUUAUUAUUAUUACCACCUUAGCCUUUACUUGGCAACUAAAUUUGAGUUUCUAUACAAACAUUUGUGCAAUGGCAAAUCUUCAACUUUUCCAGUUGCCAUUAAUACACAGGUACAGUAGGAGUGAUCUUACGCAGACCCAAUAGAACAGAUCUCCUAGUCGCUAUUUCCAGUUUAGUUGGGUGUUUAUUGAGGUAGUUGUACAAACAAAGAGAUGAAUGUACCAGGUUUCCUAAUUCUGCAUGGAAGUUGUAGCUGGUUGCUCUGUCCCUGGUCUGGUGAGAAUUGUAUGCGCUCCUUCCCUGUGCCUGCCCCUUCCUGUCCCCUAUGCCCUUAUAAAUACACCACCCUGUGCAUCUAAUGACUGUCCCGUGUCCAAAAUAAUACUGCAAGAUAUAUCUAAGCAAAAUAAUAUGAUAUGCCAACAUUAAACAUAAAUGGCUCCCACAAUAUGUUAUAGUCAUAAUUCCCAUGCAUUUCAUAAUUAUGCACAAAGUCUUUUACCUUGUGUAAGUUAAUCAAAAACCCGAGGACAUGGGUUUAAGCUGAAAGGGGCAAGAUUCAAUAGGAACCUGAGGGGUAACAUUUCCACUCAGUGGGUAGUGGAUCUAUAGAACAAGUUACCAGUGGAGGUAGUGGAGGCAAGUCCAACAGCAUUUAAAAGACAGCUAGGCAGGUACAUAGAUAAGAAAGGCUUAGCUUAGAUGGGGCAUUCUUGGUUGGCAUUGGUGAAUUGGGCCAUAGGGCCUGUUUACGUGCUGUAUGACUAUAUGGAUGGUGUUAUAGACUGGAAUGGAAGCAUACUCUUACGGUGAAUGGUGCAAGUCAUUGAGAAGCAAAUUGAGGAUAUGUCUCUGUUAGUUUAUUUAUCUAUGUCAGGUCUUCAUUAAGUUUAGAACAGUGUGUUUUGGAUACCUUUAAGCAUUACCAUUGUCUGUUGUAGAUCUGAUGUGAAUGAUGUAUCAGGCAGGCAUGGUGGUGCAGCGGUAGAGUUGCUGCCUUACAGCGCAUGUAGCGCUGCAGACCCGGGUUCAAUCCCAGCUACGGGAUGUAUCUGGACGGAGUUUGUACGUCCUCCCCGUGACCACGUGGGUUUUCUCCGAGAGCUUCGGUUUCCUCCCACACCUCAAAGACGUACAGGUAUGUAGGUUAAUUGGCUUGGUAAAUGUAAAAAUUGUCCCUAGUGUGUGUAGGAUAGUGUUAAUAUGCGGGGAUCGCUGGCCGGCGCGGACUCGGUUUGGCCGAAGGAUCUGUUUCCAUGCUGUAUCUCUAAAAAUAAAACUAAGUGUUGAUUUUGAUACGCAAUGGAAAUAUGCUUUGUAGUGAGACAGCCAAACCAGCUGAAAUGGUCAUUUAUCUUAAUAUAGCUGUUCCAAAUUUUCUGUAAGAUUUUAAACAUAAAUGCAAUACACACCAUUAGUAUCAAACCUAGUCUUUCCUUAGUUAGAAGCAAAUUCUAGCUUAGAUGCAGCCUUGCCAAUUGUGCAUUUCUUUCCCACAUUGAUUGAGGUCACCAGUCAGCCUCCAAAACGGAGGAUUUUUUUUGAUUUGGCAUGGAUGAGGAAGAGGAAUUUGCAAAAAUGAGAUUAAUUUUUUGCUUUUUAAAAUUUUAUUUUGUUUAUUUUACAAUCAGGUUGGGUUACCCGUAUCGCCAUCAAUCGAUAUCUUCCUAGCCACUUCCAAUUCCACUUCCUUCUGCAUCUACUCCAGGGAAACUCUCAAACAUCUAGCCUAUGAUUCUCUUUCCAACAUAACCUUGCUUUGGCUCAUGAUUUGCACAACAGAUCCUGACCUCCAUCCUUUAACACUUUGUCUAUGAAUAGCUGCGAAACUAUAAUCUACCAUCAUCCUUCAUCCUCAGAAACCAGCAUUUAACCCCUCUACCUUUGCCGAUCGCCACAUCUCCAGCUUACUUAUCCGAAUUAUUCAAUGUGUUGAAGCCUUUCAAGUUGUUGUCUGUUUUCAGUUUCCGUCUGACAUCUUCUCCCCUCUCUAGUAAUCUCCAACCUUAAUGUUUUCAGAUAUCUAGGCUCCACCAAUUCUAAAAUUGCCUGCCAAGGCCCUAUUCUCUGAUUUUAGAUCUCCAACUUUUCUUCCUCUUUCCUUCUCUAAGACAUGGCUCUGUGACCGAGCCUUGGUCAUCCACUCCCAUAUUCAGCUGGCUCAGCUAUAAAUUUUAGUCAUGUUCACAUGGUGCUUUCCGAUGGUUUUACUGAGUACAGGAGCUACGUGAAGGUCCCCGGCCCGAACCAUCACCUUUCCAUGUUCUCCAGAGAUGCUGCCUGACCUGCUGAGUUGCUCCAGCACUUUGUGUCUGUUGUUUUGUAAACCAUGCAUAGUUUAUAAUAUCGGAAUGGUUUAUUAUUGGCAUGUGCACUGUGUUAGAGUAGAAAACCCAUUAGUGUGCUAUCCAGGUCAAUCAUAUUGUGCAACUGUGCUGCCUUACACGAGUACAACAAAUGGUGCAUAAAGAGAAAAUAAAUUAUAAUGACCAGCCCAGUGCCUGGUUUCAGCUUCCUUAAAGCCGAGGUGGAAGUUCAUUUGUUUAAUAAAGUAUCUUUGUCGAAGUGGCA